AGCGCAGCCAGCGCGGCAGCGGCGCUUCCCGGGAAGCGGCCCCGGGGCCUCUCCCCGAGCGCAGCCCGGCCCCGCACCCCAGGCACCGCAGCGCGGCCCCCCCGCUCCCUCCGCGGAGCAGCGCUGCCCGGCCCGGCCCGGCCCGGCGGGAUCCCCGCCCGGGGCUGCGGGGAGCGGGGCGGCCCCUGGGGAGCGCCCAGCGGGGCUGGGGGGGGGGACCGCUGGGGCGGGCGAGCACCCGCGCCCCCGGCGGGGAGAGGCCGCGGCGAAGGGAGAGCUGCCAGCGCCGGAGAACGGGCUCUCCCCGCCAUCCUCCGCCCCCUCCCUCCGUGUGUUUGUUUGUUGUGCUUCGGCACCGUCCCGCCGGCGCGUCCCUCCGUGCGGCGGCUUCUGACAGCUCCCCCCGCGCCGCCGAGAAACUCCUGCCUCAACUCUGCGUGUGCGCGGGGGUGUCCUCCCCGCCACCCGCCGAGAAACGUGUUUUCCUCCCCAAAAAGAGGAGGGGAAGGGGGGGGCAUAACAAGGGAAAGCGACGAGGAACUACCGUCAGCGCACAGGGAGUACCCAGGCGACGCUGAAGGCAGCCGAGCGCCCUGGAAGGGAACGGACCCAAAAAGAAGGGGGAAGUCAGCAGGACGAGAGAGACACAUGGAUGAUGAUGAUGAGGAUGAAGAUGAGGAUGGUGAUGGGGAUCCCGAUGCUCCUCCUGCUCCCGCGGCUCCUCUCCUCCUCACCUCCGCCUCCUCCACCUCCGCCUCGCAUCGCUGGCCUCAGCCGCCGCCGACCAGCACAGGUAGCAGGGGGAGCAGCAUGGGGAGAGCAGGAGGAGGAGGGGAGGGGGAGGGGGGGGGCGAAGAGAAAGCGCAGAGGACGGAAGGAAGGGUCUCACACACAAUAACACCCUCCCCGGGCUCGGCGGGGUCUGUCGGGGCUGGGGGAGGUGAAGAGAGCGAGCGAGAGAGAGAGACGCGGUUGGUCCCGCCGCUGGGCGCCCCCGCUCAGAGGCCCCGGGCGCUGGCGGCGGCUCCGGCUGCUGCGCUGCCCGGCUGCGGCGGCCGCCGCUUCAUUGUACCCUGGCCCUGCGCCCUCCCCCCGCGCAGAGCCCCCGGGGGCGGAGGAGGAGCGGGCGGCGGCGGCGGAGGCGGCGGGGGCCGAGGCCGAGCGGAGGAAGUUUUGACAGCUCCAGCUGUUGUGUGUGUCGAGGGGCUGAGUCCGGCCGGGCUCCGCGUCCCCUUCCCAGCCGGGCCGGGAGCAGGAAGUUUAACUUUGGGGAAAGAAGGAGGAGGAAGGGUGAAAAAGGGGGAGGAGGAAGGGGGAGGAGGAGGCGGCGCCCUGCCCCCUCCCCGCAGGGUGGAGAAGGGAUCCCGGCGCUGCCCUGGUGUGUAACCCCCCCCUC